CGCCCCCUCAGCCCUCCAACAAAGCUCGGUGUCGGGCCCGGCCCCCACAGCGCCCCGCCCCAGCGCCCGGCUUCUUUACCUGAACCAUCCCGACACCUUCCUGAGCAGGUUGAGCCGGGGCGGCUUGUACUCGUCAUCCUUAAUGGACAGGGGCAGCAUGGUGCCGGGCCGCGACGUGACAGGCCGGCGGCGGGCGGGCGGGGCGGGAGGAGGCCCGCGGGCGGCCUCGGUGCUCACAUCCGGUCCGUCGCUCUGCGCCUGCGCGGCCGUGGCGGGGCGGGGAACGGCGGUGUGUUGUGUAAUCCUUAGUGUUCAUAUCUGUGCUCACUGCCCGUUCUGCUGCCUCACAUAGCAGCGAGGAAAAACAGACUUAAGACUGUAACGCACCAGGUGCAUCACAGAAUUGUAGGGGUUGGAAGGGACCUUUAGAGAUCGUCGAGUCCAACCCCCCUCUGCCUUUGCUUCACAGCCUCAGCUGAGGGGUGUAAAUGCAGGGACAACGCUGCUGCCUUAAGUGAAAGUAGAAGUAAAACAGGAGAUCUCUGCUCAUCUGGCACGGACACACAGAAAUAAGUGAGCUAGAAUCGAAUUUAGGGACCUAUUCAUCGGAACAAGGUCCAUUUAGCAGCUGUGAAAAACUUGUAUCAAAGCAGCACUAAAGAAACAAAGGGAGCUUAAUAAGGCAGGAAACAAACCUUGAGAGGCAAAGAACUGCAGCUUAACCACUGCAGGUGGCUGGAGAAAAGCCUGUUUGUAUUGCUGUCUCCUAGCACUGGGCACCUGUACACAGCCAAAGGAACCUGCCUGCUGCCCCUAACACAAGUGGAGCAAAGGGAAAGAUCCUUCUGCAACUGAGCUGCCAAACCACAGCAAGAAGGAGUGAGUUUCAUCAAGCAGCUUGGACGAGAAAGCUUGUGAUAUUCACUGGUGUGGAAACUCUGAACCAUCUUAAAAAGCCAGUGGAGGAAAUAAGGUAUUUACUAUAUCUUAUACAUAGCCCUGAGCUGGAGCUGCUGAGAUGGACCAUCAGCUCUAUAGCACAUAGACAGGGAGAUUUCUAACAGAACAUGAACCCAGGACUGAAAAUGUUCCAAGAAUAUCUGACCAACCAGGGGACUGUGGUAAAGCCUUAUCGCUGGCAGACACAAAGCCAAAUCUGUGCUAAGUGUCCCUACCACAUACGGACAGGUGAAGAAGCAAGAGUUCCUUACGCAGAGUUUCUUAGGGCCUUUGGAUUCCCAUACAGAACCACAGCACAGACACAAACCCACCACCUUCUCUUCUAUGAACUGAGGAGCUUCUCUGGCACCGUAGUCCAAAAAGGCCACGCCACGAGCUGUGAUGUGCAGGACAGCCACCCGGAAUCCAUGCUGUUUGAGGCUGAUGGUUAUCUGGAUGCAGUGAUACACACCUAUGGAAACAUUGGCUGCAUCACCCUCUAUUCAAAUUACUCUCCUUGUAACGAGGCUUACCAGUGCUGCGUAAGUAAAAUCUAUAGAUUCUUGCUGAAGCACCCAGAAACCAUGCUCUGCCUCUACUUCUCCCAGCCUUACCACAUUGAGGACAGCUUCCCCACAGCCAUGUGGAACCGACAAGCCCUGCACAGCCUGGCCAGCUUGUGGCCAUUGGUCACUCUACAACCACUGCCCACAGGGACUCGGUGCCACCUCCUCUCUAACUUCGUGCAUAGCAUCCCAGAGUCAAUAUGUCCAGCAGAAACCUUAUCAGAUGGACAGAAUCCACAUCAGAUUAACAACUUAAGAGGAGUGAAGACUUACUGUAGGGAAGCAACACACAGGGAGCCUGCUGUGCAGCAAAAUCUAAAGGCCUUUUCUUCUCCUCACCCUGCCUUCCAGCAGCCUUUACGAGCAACAAAAGGCAGUUUGCUACAUCCCAUGUCUCAAAGCCACUCAGUGCUUUUCCCAGGCUCAUUUCUGCCCUCCCAGAGGGAACAUCUCCACCUCAGACCUAUAAAUGUUGUAAGGCACUUAAAAAUGCCAAAGGGGUUAAUCCAUGCAAGCCGUAAUCCUGAAUCCAGCAGGAACCGACAGCAAAGGUGACAGAACCUGAAGCAGCAAAAAAUCCCAUGCUGAUAUUGCUUCUGUUGAAUGGUAAUCCAGGGAACAACUGUGGAACUUGAAAUAGAACUGAUUGUGAGGAUAA